AUGUUGUGGUCUAAAAAGGCGCUCCGCUCCGUAUUUCGAGGCUCCGCGCGUCCUCUGCCCAAAAUAUGUCCUGAGAUUUGCUUGUCACUCGAUCUAUGGUCGUACCUGCUCAUUACGUCUACAGGAGGGAAUCUCAUUCUGUGUUCGAGUCGACCGUUUUCAUGGUUUCAAUUACCAUCCUUUCACGAUUACGUUAUCUUCCUUGUGCGUGACCUCGUAGCGAAGAUGGUUGAUUUCUCGCCCGUCUGGGUAGUUUCAUUUUUGACCUUCAACUCCUUUAGCAUAGCGAUAGACUCAUUUACUGCAGUGCUCUUAAAUCUUCUCCUCCCGAAACAAUACACCGUUAAUCUUUAUGUCCUCAUCUCAGAGUCCUUGACUUCUACUCCUCCAGCCUUUUCCUCUAUGAUCACCACCUCCCUGUUCUUCUCAAUCUUCACUUCCUUCGUCUUAAUCGCAUCCUCGAAGGAUACGUUUCCGAGCUCUUUGAAUUGUACAGAACUUACUGGUCUUCAAUCCCACUUGCGCCAUGAGCGCAGACAAAAGACUAUGCUGAAGCCGAUGAAUAAAUCAGCGAACAGAUCCGCUUAUUAUAGAAAAGCCUCUUCUGACCAGGAUCUACUCACGGCCUUGGAAGAUGCCGAAGCGGAGGUGGGGUGGCGCACCUACCUGUGGUGCGAAUCAACCUAA